UCAUUGAAUGACCAACGGAUUGAAUUUUUCUCUCUCUCUAUAACAAUUUCUUUCUCUCUCUAUAACAGCCAAGCAGAUAGCGACCUGUUUGGAAUGCCAAUCUAGUUCAUCUUCAUCUUUGUAGUGUAAGAAGAGCUUGAAUUCAGCUUUCAGGCAACAAUGGUUGCAGGAAAGGUGAAAUCUGUAAUUGGAUUUCAUAAAUCGCCGGCGCAUCCGAAGGCAGAAUCGCCGGCGCAUCCGAGCUCCGGCAAGGUAACACAGAAGGGAGGAAGUUUCUCACGUUCAUUCGGUGUAUACUUUCCUCGUUCAUCAGCACAAGUUCAACCUCGGCCGCCGGAUGCGGCGGAACUACUUCGGUUGGUGGAAGAGCUUCGGGAGAGAGAGAAUCGAUUGAAGACGGAGGUACUUGAAUAUAAAUUGGUACGUGAAUCUGCUGCUAUUGUACCUGUUCUUGAAAGUGAGAUAUCUCGGAAGCAAAGUGAGAUCGAGAGUAAUGCUGAGAAGAUCGAGUGUCUUGAAAGUGAGAAUGAGCGGUUAAAACUUGAUUUAGAGAUUUUGAAUAUGAAAACGGCUGGGGAGAAGGAGGAACAGGAGAAGAAGGAAAAGGCGAUGGAAAUUGAAAUUGCUAAUUUGAAAAGAGCAGUUACGGAAUUUGGAAGAAAUGAAUCGAAGAGGUUUUGUAGUAAUGAUGUUACUGAUUAUGAUGAAUUUUCUUCUUCACAAAGAUAUCAGGGAUUAGUUGAUGUAUCUGUUAGGUCAAACUUGUUGAAGAAUUUGAAGAAGGUGUCGAAAUCAAACGAAAAGACCGAGACCGAGACCGAAACCGCGACCGUUGAUAGACCGAGACAUUCGCAUUGUAUCUCUGAAGAAAAUGCGGAAUCAUCGGACUCCAUUUCUGUAAGAUCUCGAGUUCCUAGAGUUCCUAAGCCACCUCCUAGGCCAUCUUCAUCUUCAUCUUCUCUAUCAUCAUCUUCUUCGUCAUCCCGUAGUUCUAUCAGUAUUGCAGCAGACAGAGCCUUAAAUCCAGCGGUUCAUUUCCCUCCUCCACCGCCACCGCCGCCAUUGAAAUCAGCACCUCCACCAGCUCCUCCUCUACCGCCGCCGAAGACUGUUCCAACACCCCCUGCACCUCCUUCUUCGAAAACCGCACCGCCACCGCCACCACCACCACCUCUACUAACCAAAGGUAUGAAAUCUAGAUCGGGUAGAGUGAAUAGAGUUCCAGAGGUGGUUGAAUUUUACCAUUCACUGAUGCGACGAGAUUCCCGGCGAGAACCAGCAGGGGGGACCGAUACUGUCGCUUCUUCUGUGACUGCUAACCCUCGUGACAUGAUCGGUGAAAUUGAGAAUCGGUCAUCUUAUUUACUCGCAAUUAAGACAGAUGUAGAAACACAAGGAGAUUUCAUUACUUUCCUUAUCAAAGAAGUAGAAAAUGCUGCAUUCACAGACAUUGAAGAUGUUGUUCCUUUUGUGAAAUGGCUAGAUGAUGAACUUUCUUAUCUGGUCGACGAGAGAGCAGUUCUUAAACAUUUCGAUUGGCCUGAGAAGAAAGCUGAUGCAUUGAGGGAAGCUGCAUUUGGGUAUUGCGAUCUCAAGAAACUCGAAUCUGAAGCUUCAUCAUUUCGCGAUAAUCCUCGGCAACCUUACAGAUCUGUUCUCAAAAAGAUGCAGUCUUUGUUUGAAAAGCUAGAACGUGGUGCUUAUAAUCUGUCACGUAUGAGAGAAUCAGCUUCCAAUCGAUAUAGUCAAUCUCAUAUUCCAAUUGAUUGGAUGCUUGAUACUGGCUAUGUUAGUCAGAUUAAGCUGGUAUCUGUGAACUUAGCCAUGAAAUACAUGAAAAGAGUAUCGGCUGAGCUCGAGAAAGUGUCUGGAUUCCCCGAAGAGGAGGAGCUGAUAAUCCAAGGUGUUCGUUUCGCCUUUCGAGUACACCAGUUUGCUGGGGGAUUUGAUGUGGAAACAAUGAGGGCUUUCCAGGAACUAAGGGACAAAGCAGAUUGGUGUCAUAGUAGAAGUGAAAACAAGCAAAAUGAAAGAUAUAACAGGUCUAAUAUUUUGUAGUAAAUUUCUGAUUAUUAUUUUGUAGCAAGCAAACUCAGCUUCAUUGUGUGUGUUUUUUUAGUAGGCAUUAUUUAUUUGUAAAUCCAUGUAUGUUUAAACAUUGUUGUCAUUUAUAGACAUGGGUUGUCAAAUUGUUGUUGUUGAUUGAAUGUGACAUUUAAAAGAUAUGGUAAUUUAUUUAUUUAUUUUUCAAUUUCAA